AACGUGGAGCUGCUGUCUGAUGGUCAUUCAGUAUGACCUGUGAAUGACCGUCUCACCGAUAUUUACACAGACUUCUGUUAUAAUGCAGCCAUAGUCAGAUGUCAAGACCUCACAACGUGAACUUUAUGACUUUACACAUGCCACGAGGACAUUUCUGUAAUAACAAAACAUUAAGCUACGAGUAAACAAAAAGAGACCAACACUUCAUACACACAGCGGUCCUAACUAAGCACUGAUUUUUAAAGGAGGCAGACUUUCACUUGAGAAAUGAUGCACAGUAAUCAUAGUGUUUGGGUUUUAUUUGGAAUAACCAUAUAUUUACUGUGGUCUCAGCGCAAUAACCAUAGUUUAAGCUUGAAAUUUGUAGGAAAUCUGUGAUAAAACAAGUGGUAGCCUAACACAAAUGGUAACUGAUAAACCAAAUAACAUGAUAACUAGACAAACUUUACUAUUUCUGUAUUAAAACCACGAUUAAUUUAGUAAGGGAGCAAGUGCUUUUACAUAAUGCAUAUUAAGCAUAGCCUACAGAUGCUGUAUAUUUGCGAAUGUUCCUGUAGUCGACUAUCUACACAGUUAACACCGUUUUUUGUUCAAAAUCACUAUUAAUGGACCGAUUUUUGGUAGUUGUGCAAUAAAUAGGGAAUACGUCUGGCUGCUUGAGACCACGGCGUGCGCUCUUUGUGUAGGUGGUCCCGUUUUCCAGAAUAUUCCGACACAUAGAAUCGCCUUUGUUAUAUACCAACUGGCAUUAUACGGAAAAAUAGUAUCAAUGAGGUUCUGAUAUCCUAUUUCUUUCCCGAACCAAACCUGACGCGAUAUUUUUAUCCGCGUCGGUAAGGUUUUGAUACAAGUUCUGUUUCUCAAGCUCGUGAUGUUUGGAAAGAACAUUUUCCCACUUUCCUUUUCUGUAUUCAAUUGAUUUCAGAUGCCGGGUUGGUAAACACCGUUUCAAAACAAUGGCUAAAUGGGAAUUAUGAUGGUCGGAGCAAACCAGAAAAGGAAUCGGUCUCUGUAUGUUGUAAGACUAGCAGUCGCUAUUGUGACAGAAGUACAGUGAUGUGAUGAAAACAUGCGCGUUUUGUAUCGCGUCCGUUUGAUUCUGUCCGUUAUAUUUCUCCGCAUUUAAUACACCUCGUAGCUUUCACAGUAUGUGUUGGUUAGUUAUGUGUGUGUGUAUAAGGAGUGGAAUAGGCACGUUGACAGCUAAAGUCAUUAAAUAGGAAGUUAAACCAUUACUCACUGCUCUGGCUAAUGUUUAAUGCUGACGUCACACGCGCUUAAAAGACAUCAAUAUGUGAGUAAGCUCAGUAGAGACCGUGAGCCUUCCGUUGUGUCUUUGCACUGGUUGCAGUUCCCACAACUGGCCUUGCGUCGACGUCUAGGCCAGCUGAGCUGCAUGUCCCGGCCCACUACCCGCCUUCGCUCAUGGCCUCUGUCCUUCCUCUACUACAUCCUGCCCUUCGGAGCACUGAAACCUCUCGCCAAAGUGGGCUGGAGGCCCACAAGCAGAGUUACGAUCUACAAAACCAUACCCACGAGAUUGCUCUCCAGAGCCUGGGGUCGGUUAAACCAGGUGGAACUGCCCACUUGGUUACGGAAGCCAAUCUACAGUUUGUACAUAUGGACAUUUGGAGUCAACAUGAAAGAAGCGGCUGUGGAAGAUCUACAGCUAUACAGAAACCUGGGAGAGUUUUUCAGACGUAAACUCAAACCUCAGGCCAGACCAGUUUGUGACUCGCAUUGCGUGAUCAGCCCAGCUGAUGGCAAGAUCCUUCAUUUCGGUCGUGUAAAGAACUGUGAAGUGGAGCAGGUGAAAGGGGUGACCUACUCACUGCAGACGUUCCUUGGGCCACUCACCUGGACUGAAAAUCUCCUCAACAACAGAAAUGAGGACGACCCAAGCUCGUUCCAGGACACCCUGGUCACUAAGGAGGGAAAUGAGUUGUUUCACUGUGUAGUAUAUCUUGCUCCAGGAGACUACCACUGCUUCCACUCGCCUACAGACUGGAGAGUGGCACACAGACGACAUUUCCCAGGUUCUCUGAUGUCAGUAAAUCCAGGAAUUGCACGUUGGAUUAAGGAACUUUUCUGUCACAAUGAGCGCGUUGUCUUGAGUGGAGAUUGGACACAUGGCUUCUUUUCACUCACAGCUGUAGGGGCCACCAAUGUGGGAUCUAUUCGCAUAUAUUUUGACAAGGAGUUACGCACCAACAACCCUCGCUACAACAAAGGAUCCUACAAUGACUUCAGUUACAUAUCCAACAACAACCAAGAAGGCAUUUCCAUGAGGAAAGGAGAACACUUGGGCGAGUUCAACCUGGGCUCCACUAUCGUCCUGUUGUUUGAAGCCCCACGGAAUUUCACCUUCAAUUUGCAAUCGGGCCAGAAGAUCCGCUAUGGAGAACCUCUCGGGACAAUGUGACGUUGAGGAGAGGGUUGCGGAAGUUGAUGGACACGCUGAUCUGAGUGCAGAUGCUUUCAGGGUCUCAAAAACUAAUACACUGACAUUUACAGAGGUGUACUCUGUUUAAACUGAGAUACAUGUGUGCUCAUGUGUACUCACUCAAACCAACACGGUUGUAUUGUUGCCAUUGGGAUCUCCCAGUUGCAUUGAAGGUUAAAUGUUUGUUUCUGUAUUUUUUUUGUCAAAUACUGAAACUUCAUCCAGCUUUUAGUAAACUUUCGGUCAGUUUUUUCUGUUUGCCCAUAUUGCCUUCGGCUGGAGUCAUCCAGGAAUUGUACAGUUGAUUUGCAAGCAUUGUGACGCACCUUUCACACAUAUAAAAAGAGGGAAUGUAUGUACAAGAGACUAUGAUUCUCUGGUUUAUCAAAGGCGCUCGCCUCUAUCUUUCAUAAAGUUUUUUUCCGUCCAACUUUUUUUCUUCAUAUGGUGGGAGCAAUUUUGAGAAAAUCAUUACUAGUUUCACUCGCGUUGAGAGUUCUGGAAGAGUCAGAAAUCAGUCAUCAUUGCCAUCGUUCUGUGAUGUUGAAAUAUGCCUUUGCUUGUUGGUCUAGCGAUAAAUUGGGAGAUAAAUGUUGAGUAUUAUUAUGUUUUUAUCUAAAUUUGAUCAGUGCCAAAAAACUUGAUAUGUUUUUACUAACAUGUUUUGCCCUUUUGAUGUGAAUUCUCUUGUGAUCUUUGGGCUUUCAAGUUUUGUUCUCGGAGAUCUGUUUGUAUUUUUCUUUGUUUUAUUAACAAGCAUCGAGCAAGUUCAACAGACUCUAGGAUAAAGAGACGCUUAAUUCCCCCGGUCUGGCCCACACGUGAAGAUAAGAGGAAGAAUUCCUAUACCAGAAGUUUGGAUCUCUGGACACAAUUUGGGCUGUCAAUAUAUUAACAAAUCAAUCACUGAGCUUUUUUGUGCACCGGUCUAUACAUUUUUUCUUUAAAAAGAUAAGGAAAAAGUGUUAUUGCAUUUGUUUAACUUGGACAUUAAUGACACCCUAGUACAGAGUGCAAGAAACCUUGUUAAUAAAUUUUGGAGAUAAUUUCAAAUGUUGUGUUUUUUUACAUGAAUAAACAUUUAAAAUCUA